AUGCCUUUUCCGAUGAGAAUUCAACCGAUAGAUUCACAGCUGUACAGUGAUUCGUUGAUCCGGAACGAUGUGGUGAAGCCCCUGGUGUUGAAAUCGAGGCUGAAGCGUCUCUUCGACCGGCAGUUCAACAGUGUUCUGAAGAUUUCAGCGGCCGAGAAGCCGAGCAACGGCGGAGAGAAAGAUAGAGGAAUUCCCACCGCGGCGGCGGUGUCUGAGUUUGAGCCGAGCUCGAUUUGUCUUGAUAAGAUGGUUCAGAACUUCAUUGAAGAUAACGAGAAGCAAUCAGCAACCAUCGCCGCAAAAUACGGCCGUAACCGCUGCAAUUGCUUCAACGGUAACAGCAAUGACAGCUCCGAUGACGAGUUUGAUUUCUUUGACUCCAACACUCCUGGCUCUUCUUUCAGUGAUCCCUCCGAUACUCUCAAGAGUUUGAUUCUUUGUGCGAGUGUGGAGGAGCGAAAUCUGCUAGCAGACACUUCGAAAAUAGUAGAAAACAGCAAAUUUUGCAAACGGAAGGACGAUUUGAGAAAAAUCGUCUCCGAUGGUUUAAGAGCCCUAGGUUACAACGCCUCCAUUUGUAAAUCCAAAUGGGAAAAAUCUUCAUCCAUUCCUGCUGGUGAAUAUGAAUAUAUAGACGUGAUUGUAGAAUGCGAGAGGCUGUUAAUCGACAUAGAUUUCCGAUCGGAGUUCGAAAUCGCACGAUCAACAAGCAGUUACAGGGGAAUUCUACAGUCUGUGCCUUACAUUUUCGUGGGAAAAUCCGAUCGGCUUCUCCAAAUUGUUUCCAUUUUAUCGGAGUCUGCUCGGCAGAGCCUCAAAAAGAAAGGGAUGCAUAUCGCACCGUGGCGUAAGGCCGAAUAUAUGACAUCCAAAUGGCUAGCCCCGUAUACCCGUAUUGCCACUCUCACGGUCGAGGAGCCAACCGAAGGCGGAGAAUUGGAUUUGAUCUUUGGUGAAGGGACGGCUUCAUCGGAGGCUAAUUGCCCCUUCGAGGUUCAAUUGAAGAUCACGUGGCAGCUGCCGGCGGUGAAGGUGAAGAGGGCAAACAAAGGAACGAUCACUGGAUUGGCAGCCCUUCUCAAGGAAAAACUCUAA